GGGGGUUGACUCAGGGGUUUUCAUGUCAACUAUUCUUACAUUUUACGAUUUCUUAAACAGACUGAUUUACCAGUGAACAUGCCGUUCCUGUCAGCCUCAACUGGUUCAACCAGUCUCUAUUCGGUUGUUUUUUCUGUUUUGUUUUUUUUUUUUUCAUUGUUGAUUGGCAACCAUUUAAGCUGCAUUUUCAAAAACAUUGAGAGGUAGACUUAGGUGACUUAAAUGUUCUGAAUAUACUCAAAUCAGGAAGUUGCAGGCAGUUUGUCAGAUUGCAAAACCUAGGCGUUGCACCAGCAACAGUACAAAAGCAAAAGCAAAGUCCCAUACUCGAAGCACAUGCAGGCAAACAUCCAAAGGAUGGCUGAGAUGUUAUCAGAGAGUCUGAGGGCGCUCGGUAUGUGCGCGCUCGCGCUCGUGGUGCUCCUCGCCGCGCGCCUCGCGCAGCUGAUGUGGAAACGCACGCGCCUCUCCUGCUUCAGCUGUCCGCCACAACGCAACUGGUUUCUGGGACACAUGGGCAUUAUACGAUCUGAUGAAGUGGGUCUUCAGGAGGUGGAUGAGCUGAUAAGGACGUACCGUCACUCCUGUGCCUGGUUCCUCGGCCCCUUUUAUAACCUUGUGCGCUUUUUUCAUCCUGACUUUGUCAAACCUUUGCUUCUUGCCUCUGCUUCCAUCACAUUUAAAGAUGAGCUGUUCUAUGGGUUUAUGAGACCUUGGCUUGGACAGGGGCUUCUACUGAGUAACGGAAAACAGUGGGCUCGUCAGCGUCGUCUUCUCACUCCGGCCUUCCACUUUGACAUCCUGAAAAACUACAUUCAUAUCUUCAACAGCUCCACCAACAUCAUGCAUGAGAAGUGGCGCCGCCUGCUGGCAGAAGGAAAAAAUGACUUGGACAUGAUUGAACAAGUGAGCUUAAUGACUCUGGACAGCCUCCUGAAAUGCACUUUCAGCUAUGACAGCCACUGCCAAGAAAAGGCCAGUGAAUACAUCUCUGCCAUUUAUGAGCUGAGUGUUUUGGUGGUAAAGAGGCAGCGUUACCUCCCUCAUCACUGGGAGUGGCUGUAUAAACGCACUGCAGAAGGACAGCGUUUCCAUCGGGCCUGCGAAAUCGUCCAUAACUUCACUGCCAGCAUCGUAGAAGAACGCCGUUCCCAAUUCAUCCAUCAGGGACAGACAGAAAGCUCCACACAAACAAGCACGACAGGCAACAAGAGGAGAGCAGUUGACUUUAUAGAGGUGCUGCUUCUGUCAAAGGAUGAGAAUGGAGAAGGCCUGACAAAUGAGGAGAUUAAAGCACAAGCAGACACGUUCAUGUUUGCAGGUCAUGACACAACGGCGAGUGCGAUCUCUUGGGUUCUGUAUAAUCUGGCCAUGCACCAGGAGUACCAAGACCGCUGUCGUUCUGAGAUCAACGCUCUUCUUGAAGGCAGAGACACCGAGGAGCUCAUGUGGGAAGACCUCAGUAACCUGACCUUCACCACCAUGUGCAUAAAGGAAAGCAUGAGGCUUCAUCCACCUGUGUUGGCUUUAACCCGAUACUACUCUCAGGAUAUGAAUGUUCCUGGGGGACGCACCCUACCAGAGGGAGCUAUCUGUCUGAUCAGUGUUUAUGGCACCCAUCAUAAUCCAGAUGUGUGGCCUAAUCCAGAGGUGUAUGACCCCAUGCGAUUUGACCUAGACAACCAGAAACGACGCUCCCCAUAUGCUUUUGUUCCAUUUUCCGCUGGACCAAGGAAUUGUAUCGGUCAGAACUUUGCCAUGGCGGAGAUCCGUGUGGUUCUGGCACUUACUCUCAGAAGAUUCAGGGUUCUUCCAGGGUCCAGAUCUCCAAGUCGUCUUUAUAUGCUCACAAUGAGAGCAGAGGGGGGGCUGCCUCUAACACUGGAACCCCUGUCACCAGCACAAAGCUGAAACACACACACACACACACACACACACACAUGGCUGUAGCCUUGUAACAUUUUACCAAUUCACACAGCAACAAGUAUGUGGUCCUACAUUUUGUCCUCAUUUUCAUUGCUAAGUGAGACACGAAUUUGCUUACCUUUUUUUUUUAUCAGGUAUACCGAACAGAAACAUAUGAGUGGAGCUAGAGAUGCAGGUUAUUCAUUGGUCAACAUCCAUCCACAAAAGUCCUCCUCGAAAACUGUCAGAAAUUGUCAGUAAAUAUCAGCACCAUUCUAUGGUUAUGUACAGUAGAUCCUUUCCCUAUUGAAAUGUUGUUGUUUUUCUACUUCUAGGUUUCAGAUUUUUUUAUAUUGUUAUAUAUGAAUGCAUUGAAUAUUGUUUUUUUUUUCAUUGAGAUUUAUGUAUUGGCUUUGUUUUGGUCUUUCGCUGUUGGGUCUCUGCUCAUUUUAAUACCGUGGCUCCUUAUAUACCAUAUAUAUAUGUGAAAUACCUAUGCCAUAAUAUAAUAGAUUCUGCAUUUUAUAUAGUGCAUUAUAAAGGGCCUGUUGGGAUUCUUUUUCCUUUGACUGUGCUGGACUCCAGGCAUCCUGUACCCCUGCUGUAGAAGCCUAUGUGUGUACUAGACCUUUCAAAUCUCUUAAACAGCUGUAUUUGAAUUAUAAUUCUUUUUAGUAAUGAAAUCAUUACUCAGCCAAUAAUUGUAUACAUUUUAAACAUUAGCCAUAAUGCUAAAGCAUGUAUUUAGGUUACAUAAACCAUAGAAGGUACCACAAGGAGGUAUUAUCAUAAUUUUAUUAUAAUAUAUCAGAUUUGAAUUUAUUUUAGACAUGCACCGAUACUAAAUUUUAAAAAAAUUUAAAUUUUAAAUAAUUCAUAUUAACAUUGACUGAAUUCUAAAAAACCUCCUGUUAGUCUCACAUUCACUCUCUACAAACAAAAGCAUUUCUACUUCAUCAUUGAACAUCAAACUGGUAAUAUAUAAUAUAAACUUUUUUAUAUAUUAACAUUAACUGGAUAUGAAAUAUACUACUCUACAAAUAUAUUUUUCUGCGCAAUAUAUACCUUUUUUGUCAACUCAUCUUCAUUUAAAUCUUCCAAUGGUGUACUGGCGAUUACUGUCCGAUACAUCGGUGCAUCUCUAAUUUAUUUAUUUAUUUACACCCAUAAUGUUUUCUUGGUGAUUAUAUUUAGCUCGAGUUAUUACAUGACCCAAAUAUCCAACAGCUUUGAUUUGACUUUACACAGGAAUAUAUUUUGUUUUUAUUAUUAUUAUUAUUAUUAUUAUUAUUAUUAUUAUUAUUAUUAUUUCUUCAAGCCAGUGCACAAAAUAGCAAAUGUCUUCCUAUUCACUAUGUAAUCUAUGACGUACAUUAUAGAUUAGAUUAUCACAUAAUGGCGUUAUCAUAUCUAUGUAAUGCACUAUAUGACCAUUUAGGAUUCAACCACUGAGCAACUGUGAUUCCAGUAAGGUUAUGUGUACAUAAUAUCACAUUUAUUACCUUUCCUUUUUUUAUAUUAGGAUUUGAAGAUACAUUACAUUUAAAAAAUAAAUAAAUAAAUAAAUAAAAGUAUAUGUCAUUUAUAUUGAUAUACUGUACAUAGAUAAUUUUAUACAUAGCUCUAUGAUACAUGAUUUUAGAAAUUGAAAACAUAUUAUUACUUUAAGUGAUGUGUCAAUUGAAAACCCUUAAAUGGGUCACUUGCCUUCCUUCAUACACUUAAAUGUGGCACAUUCAUGUGUAUGGUGACCCAAAAGAGAUUACAUGCAGUUUUAUGUCCUCCUUCCUAUUGCUAUUGCUUGUUGACAAAUAAACUAGACGUUACUUCAUGGUUUUACAUAUGUGGUUCAGUGGCUCAUGAUAUAACUACUACAUGGUGUAACCUAUAAUAAAAUGUAUUUUUGGUAUCUAAAGAUUUUUUUAGGAGACAUACUUUAGUUUCUGUCAUUGGCAUGCACAAGGAGUAAAAUUUGGAAUUGCAGUGGUUUACAUGAUAUUACAUAAUUUUCUAAUUUUACAAUCCAGCGUUGUAGCAUGUUGAGCAAACACUUUCAUUGCAAAUAUACAAACUAAAACCUAUCUGCUUAAUGCCUACAUAAACAAGCGCAAAGCCAGCUGCUCUCUGUACAGGAAGAAUGUCCUAAAUCCAUAACAGUUCACCCAGAGUAAAGAGGAAACGGUUUUUAAAGUAUCAGUUAGGCCAAAAAUAAAAAUGAUCCUUGUAUCCUAAAUAUAAAGUUUGCUUCUAAAACUUAUUAGCUAUUAGUUUAAUAUUGUGCAGGCUGAAUGUGUAAAUCCUCACAUACUUGCCUCAAAUCAUAUUGAGCCUGGUAUCUCAAACAGACUUGUUUAUGUGCUUUCUGACACAGUACGACACACAGAUAUCUAUAAAAAUGAACAAACGGAUAUGACAGAGCUAAAAGCAGUCACGGUAGACAUCCUGAAGCCAAAAUCACUGUCUUUCUCCACACAAGGUUUGUAGUCUGCACCAGCAUUAGACUCUGUUACUACUAAGUGUAAUAUAGUUCCAAUUUGACUUUCAUAUUGUUGUUUUUUUAAUUAUUAUUAAAUACAAAUUUAUUAAGCUGUUUUGUGAAAUCCAAUCCAAAACCAAUCCUAUUACUGAGCAGUUUUGUAGUACUUUAAUCAGUUUGCAUGAGACUAAUCUGGUAGCUAUAAGCUUUCCUUACUUGUUAACUACAACUUCAGACACAUUACCUGUCUUGCGUGAUAGACUGCAGUAAAUAUUUGGGGUAGAUUAUAUAAAUUCAUCCAUGUUUCUUGCAUCAUUUUAGAAUUUUAGAAAUGUAUUUCUCUGUUCGUCUACAAUAUUA